AUGUUCGCCACGCAAUCACCCCAGACACCCUUCCGCAAACCCCACUACAUUCCCACCCACUCCUCCCCUCUCGGCAGAUACACCAUGUCCCCAACGCACGACCCAAGCGCGUCGCAACGCGCCACACCGAACCUCUUCACCAAUGCACCCCCAAUCUUCAACAUCCAAACCGAACCAAUCAUCCGCCAUACCCAGAACAAUCAAUCCCCAAUCGCAAUGAACUUUAACGCGUCCGCCUCAACAACACCAACCUCAAACGCAUUCUCCUCAAACCUCUUCUUCACAACCCAACCAACCUCCCCCAGCUCCCCAACACGCCAAAAACCAAAAUACGAAGCCCGCUACGCUUCCAUCGCAAAUCCCCUCAAAGACACAGCGAGUCUUGCGCGCUCGAAAACGCGCAAGAUGUUUCUUAAUCGCGUGCGUCAUGAGCGUGACGAUGGACGGUUUGAGGCGCGUGGGGAGCAGAUGAUGCGCAUGGAACAUCUUGCUGAUCGGAGACGGUGGGAGGAGAGUAUGGCGCGUGAUGGGGAGGGGGUUAUUGGGGGGUUUGAGGGGGAUGAAGAUGAUAUGCUUCCUGAUGAUGCUGAUGCUCUUGAUGAAUUCAUAUCCCAAGAGGAAGCUAUGGAGAUGGCGUUGAGAGAGACGCAAAGUGGGGUUCCUGGGAGGGUUGAGCAUUUGCGGUCUAAUGGGCCUGGCGUGUCGUUUAGUGACGACGAAUACGAUGAUAUCUUCAUGGGAUUGUCCGAGUCUCGAGAGAAUCAGUCUCACUCCCAGUCGCAGGACAUGGAUAUGUCCUGA